AAUUUUUUUGUUCUUAAGAUGGAUGGAAGGAGUAACUUAUGAGCAGUGUUCACAAAUUAUAAAGAGUGGAGUAUACACAGUGAUCUCGUCCUCCUCCCUCCUCCACCUGUCCAGUUUUUAUCAUCUACCUAUUUUCUUCACUGGGAUCUGAAGUUUAAAACACUUUGCCAAAUGAAGUGACAAUAUUUCUUCUUUUCAUUCGAUAAAUUACCCUUAAUUCAGCACUAAUCUUUUUUGGAGUAUUAAUUAAUGGAGGGCAUGUGUUGUGGAGUUGCUGAAACCGAAACUGCCAAACCCGUUGAGCCCAGCUCCCAAUCGGCUCGGAGGCGGAGGAUGGAAAUUCAUCAAUUGAAAUUUCCGGCCUCCGAUGCUGCCUUUGCUCCGCCGCAGGAAAGGCGGAGGAGGAAGAGGCACAAGCUUGAAAAGUGGGAUGUCCCAACCGGCCGGCCUCCGACAAGUUCAACGCUUGAUGAGAGUAAUCUUCCCGGCAAAAACGGUCCCGGAAAUGAAAGAGAUGCAGAGUCGACCAAGUCCUCUGUUUCCGCUCCGCCGUCGUCCUCUGUACCCAAAUUCGGCGUGACUUCGGUUUGUGGGAGGAGGAAAGAUAUGGAAGACGCAGUUUCAAUUCACCCGUCAUUCUGCGGAGCAACAAAUUCCGAAAGUUUAAGGGAUCUGCACUUUUAUGGAGUCUUCGACGGCCAUGGCUGCUCACAUGUCGCCGUGAAAUGCAAAGACAGGAUGCACGAGAUUGUGAAAGACGAAUUGGGAAAUAUUGGUGAGGAAAAUGAAUCCUGGGAAGAAAUGAUGAAGAAAAGCUUCUCCCGAAUGGAUGAAGAAGUAACCCAAUGUACUAAUGCCAAGGGGAUCUCCUCCUCCUCCGCCGCCUCUCAAUGCCUCUGCAAUCUGCGGAUACCCAAAUGCGACGCCGUUGGAUCCACCGCCGUCGUGGCGGUUGUGUCGCCGGAUAAAAUCAUCGUCUCGAAUUGCGGUGAUUCCCGGGCCGUGCUCUGCCGGAACGGGAAAGCUGUUCCUCUUUCCGUCGAUCACAAGCCGGAUAGGCCGGAUGAAUUAGAACGGAUCGAGAAAGCCGGUGGCCGGGUUAUAUACUGGGAUGGGGCCCGAGUUCUGGGUGUUUUAGCCAUGUCCCGGUCAAUCGGCGAUAACUAUUUGAAACCGUACGUUGUAGCGGAGCCGGAGGUCACCGUAAUUGAUCGGACACCGGAAGACGAUUGCUUAAUAUUGGCCAGUGAUGGCUUAUGGGAUGUGCUACAAAAUGGCACAGCUUGUGGUGUUGCUCGGAUGUGCUUACGUUCAUCGAAGCCGCCACCUCCGUCGCCGGCGCCGGGAAAUCAAGAUCAUGAAACCGUCACCGGUGAUGAUUACGCCAAGGAGAGCUCCGACAUGGCAUGCUUCCAGGCUUCCCAUCUUUUGACCAAACUGGCUCUUGCUAGGCAAAGUACGGAUAAUAUCAGUGUAGUGGUGGUUGAUUUGAGGAAAACAUAAUUUUCUUUUCUUUUCUUUUUCUUUCUCUUUUUGGAGUAAGGACAAUAAACUAUGUUAUGCAAUGCCUGAGUGACACGUUUCACAUGCAGUGGAGGAAAAAGCACCCCAAAAUAUUGUUAUUGGUUGAAGGAGGAGUCUUUAUUCGAUUCGAUUUGGGUCGGAGUAAUAAUCUAGCGUGUAAGAAUUUUGUAAUUGCAAACAAUAUCAAAAACUUCAAACUUCAAACCAAGAUUUUGUAAUUGUAAUAUUGUUCCAAAUGGAUGGAUGGUGUCCUGUCAAAUGUCAAGUAGAUUGAAA